AUCUUAAGCCAGAAAAUCUUCUUUUUAGAACCAAAUCGGAAGAUUCCGAUCUUCUUAUUGCCGAUUUUGGUCUUUCUCGGAUCAUUGAUUCUGAAAAAUUCCAUGUUCUUACCACCACAUGUGGUACACCUGGUUAUAUGGCACCCGAAAUUUUCAAAAGAACUGGUCAUGGUAAGCCUGUAGAUUUAUGGGCUAUAGGAGUAAUUACAUUCUUUUUAUUAUGUGGAUAUACGCCAUUUGAUAGGGAGAGUAGCGUUGCAGAAGUGGAAGCUAUUGUUCGAGCUGAUUAUAAAUUCGAACAUCCGUACUGGGAAGGGAUCAGUGAGACUGCUAAAGAUUUUAUCAAUAAACUAUUAAAUGUUGAUCCUGAAAGUCGUCUUACUGCCCAUCAAGCUUUGUCUCAUCCAUGGCUUUCUGAACCUUUACCUAGCCCAACUGGUGGAUUUCAAAAUAGGGAUUUGUUGAAUAGUGUUCGCGAAAAUUUCAAUGCUCGUCGUACAUUCAAAAAGGCUGUUGAUGCAGUUAAAGUUAUUAAUAGCCUCAAAAGUCAUUCAAGAAGUGCUAGUCUUGCCAACUUAUUAGAAACAUCAAGAGCUGAAGCAGAUGAAGAUGUCCAACAGGUUUUGCUUGUCGAGCAAUAA